AUGCCCUCCCACCGCCGCUCCCGCGCAAUCACCUAUCUCGUCCUGGCCGGCAUAAUAACCCUCCUCUUCAUCUCCCACCGCCGCGCCGACACCCACGCCGUGCAAGAUUUCUACUCCAAAACCGUCAGCGCCAUCGACAAACACCAUCUAGCAUCCUCCUCCUCCUCUUCCUCCUCCAACCACAACCGCAACCCCACCACCCACGACCAACCAGCAGACCAGCCCGGUCAGGCCGGGCAGAAACCCCUGUCCGGCCCAUCCCGGCCAGGGACCGCCGCGGGGGGCGGGUACGAUGAUGAUGAUGACGAAGAAGAUGAGCAGGUGUUGUCGGAGCAGCGAGCGGAGAGGUUGAGGGAGGCAGAGAAGAAGGCGAAGCAGAAUGCGGAGGCGAAGGGGCCGAAUAAACCGGAGAUGCCGGAGGAGGUUGUGGGGGUGGGAAGUUCGGCCGGGGGGCAGAGGUCUGGGGUGGUGAGGGACGACACAGAAGGGAGGAAGAAGGAGAAGGAGACGAGCAAGGAGGAGAGGGAGGUGGAGGGGGAGUUGAAUUCUAUUUUGAAGAAGUCGCCUGUCAUCAUCUUCUCCAAAUCGUACUGCCCCUACUCCAAACGGGCCAAGGGCGUGCUACUAGAAAAAUACGUCAUCGAGCCCACGCCGUUUGUGGUCGAGCUGGACCAGCACCCGCUGGGUCCGCGCAUGCAGGCCAAGCUGGGCGAGAUGACGGGCCGUCGCACGGUGCCGAAUGUGCUGGUGUAUGGCCAGAGUAUUGGUGGCGGGGAUGAUAUUGUGGCGUUGGAUGCGGAGAAGACGCUGGCGGAGAAAAUUGCUACGCUGGGGCAGUCGCAUAUUAAGGUUGCGCUGAGGUUUGCGCAGACGGCGCAGAGGGUCGUUGCGGGGGGUGCGGGGGCUGCUGGGGAUGCGCCGGAGUGA